AUGUCUCCUAACAACCACAUUCUCAGCAUCAUGGCUGCGGAUGCUGCGGAUGCAAGUGCUCCACUCUAUGUCUGUCGAACCGGCGUCUUAUCAGUUCUUUUUAUUUUCGCCGUUUUCUUACCAACAUCGGUUCUGGGUCUGCUGGGUUUUCGUCCGGAAGAUACGGGAGGAGAGCUGUCCGUGGAAGACGGGGUGCUGAAAGCUACAGAAGGGACGCGAUUUAGGCUUCGUGUUUACUAUGCAGCAUCCCAGCGACUCAACAGAACUCUCGGUAUCAGACAGGGAACUGGAGAUGGGGUUACUGCACCGUGGAUUGCUUUUAUUGAAGAACCGACGCCGAUUAUUUCAGGAAAGGUCCACGGGAAAAAAAAUCUCUGCAUGGAUAAAAACUCUAGGACUUCUGAUAUCGAACAGCUGGGUACAUUUAAACCGCCAUACAGCCAGAACUCUAUAUUGGUUGACCUGUUGGCCAAAGACCUUCGUAGAGGUGAGAAAAUCAAAUAUUAUUCCAUGUGUGCCUUCGAUGGGGCUAAAUGGGAACACUUUGGAACUAGAGACUUCUGGCUGGCAGUAGUAGAGAGACCCCCCGAAGCUGACCUCUGGCUUCAGGUUGCGGUCUCUUUUGUAUUCCUUGGGUUUUCUUCUCUUUUCAGUGGUUUAAAUCUGAGUUUGAUGGCGUUGGAUCCGGUAGAACUCAGGGUAAUACAGAACAGCGGCACGGAAAAGGAGCAAAAAUACGCCUGGCGCAUUGAGUCAGUCCGAAAACACGGGAACUACCUACUAUGCACCUUGCUUCUGUGGAACACGCUUGUGAACGUAUCUCUGGCAGUCUGGCUGUGUCAGGCAUUUGGUGUAACAUGGCUCUCGAUCCUCGUCUGCACUUUCAGUAUUUUCUUUGUUGGUGAAAUCCUCCCGCACUCAGUAGCUUCAAGACACGGGCUCGCAAUCGCAUCUAAAACAAUCUGGGUAACGAAGCUAUUAAUGCUCAUCUCUUUUCCCAUUUCAUAUCCCAUUAGCAAGAUUCUAGACGUGAUCCUCAACCAGGAAAUCAGCAACUUUUACACUCGAGAAAAGCUUUUGGAAAUGCUACGGGUCACGGAUCCUUACCACGAUCUUGUUAAAGAAGAGCUUAAUAUCAUCCAAGGCGCCCUGGAGUUACGGACUAAGACAGUGGAAGAUGUUUUAACCCCUCUAAAUGACUGCUUCAUGCUUCGCUCGGACGUCUUGUUAGAUUUCAAUACAAUGUCCGAGAUCAUGCAGAGUGGCUACACUAGGAUCCCGGUGUAUGAGAACGAGCGAUCUAAUAUCGUUGACAUUUUAUUCGUCAAAGACCUUGCUUUUGUGGACCCCGAUGACUGUACCCCAUUAAAAACCAUAACACAGUUUUACAACCACCCGCUGCAUUGCGUGUUCAACGACACCAAACUGGACGCGAUGCUGGAGGAGUUUAAAAAAGGCAAAUCCCAUCUUGCAAUUGUACAGCGAGUUAAUAAUGAAGGUGAAGGGGACCCAUUCUAUGAGGUGAUGGGUAUAGUCACACUGGAAGAUGUCAUUGAGGAGAUCAUCAAAUCUGAGAUUCUGGAUGAAACUGACCUUUACACUGAUAAUCGUACAAAGCGGAAGGUUUCUCAUCAUGGAAGAAAGCAACAGGAUUUUUCACUGUUUAAAGUAACCGAGAAUGAAAUGAAGAUCAACAUCUCCCCACAACUUCUCCUUGCAACACAUCGCUUUCUUGCUACAGAAGUGGAGCCAUUCAAGCCAUGCCACAUUUCUGAAAAAAUCCUUCUGAGGCUUCUUAAACAUCCCAGUGUAGUGCAGGAUCUCAAGUUUGAUGAGAGGAAUAAAAGAUCUACUGAACAUUUCUUGUUCCAGCGUGGGAAACCAGUAGACUACUUUGUUCUAGUGCUACAGGGACGUGUGGAAGUUGAAAUUGGAAAAGAAGCUCUGAGAUUUGAAAAUGGUGCAUUUACAUAUUAUGGAGUGCCUGCUAUUAUGACCAGCUUAUCUUCAGUCCACAGGUCACCUUCCCGAAGUAGUGGUCUUAACCGUUCUGACUCAUUAACCUAUGGUGGCAGUAUGAGCCAGCUGAAUACCACCAAUAACGCAUAUGUGCCAGAUUACUCUGUUCGGCAACUUACAGACCUACAGAUUAUAAAGAUAACAAGGCAGCACUACCAAAAUGCUCUCACUGCAACACGCAUGGACAGCUCUCCCCAGACUCCAGAUGCGGAUACCCAGGUAAAUGAGAGUGGCAAUGAGACUCCUGAAAUCCCUGAUGUGGAGCCCUUGGUGAAUAAAAGCCCCUUGAUGUUGCCUGAUAUUCAGAGAGCGCCACACUCCACACAGGAUAAGAUGCAAGAGCAGAGUGUCCAACAGAUAACCACUGCACUCAAUGAGAAGAACCGCAUAGUUCGGAGCAAGUCAGAUGGCCAGAAAAGCCCCAGCGAUUCUGUAUUUCUUUGGAUGGACGAAAUUCCUUACAUCCGUGAAGACCUAACUGAAAGUUCUAAAAGAGAUGGAAAGCAAAGUGAGUGUCUGCCUUGGGGUUUAGCUCUACAGUUGGUCAUUUUGACAUCCUUUACAUAUAUUCUUUUGAAUAAAUUCACAGAUGAGGACACCUUAGGAGUUCCAGUUGAGGAAAAUGUGUCCAGUUCUCCAUUCAUCAGCAGUCUAUCUCUCAGUGGGUCAGAGGAGACAUUAGGGAAAAAGCUGCUUCGUAAACUGAGCAAUAAAAAAAGGAAAAAGUCUCGUGAUGGAGAAAGAACACCAGAAGACAAUCCUGCAGUUUCCCAAGUAAAAACCUAAGUUUGCUAAAACAGAUGGAAUUAUGAAACAGGAAAGGUGGGCUGGGUACUUCAGCAAAAGAAUGAAACUUACCUAUCCCAAAAUUCCAAACCUGCCCCAGACCAAUCAAGUAAAUGAAUUAAGAUGGGUGAGAUUUUUGUUGUGGUUGAAAGCUUGUCAGUAGACUCUCCUCAUAAUCAUAUUAAACAGAAUUGUACUAGGUUCAUAGUUAAAAUCAGCAUGUGCUAGUCUGCUUAGCUGUACACACAGGGAGCAGCCCUGUGAGAGUCUACUGAUUACCACAUACUCUCAUCACAUGUUCUUCCUGUAUACCUUUAUGAACAACAGUGCAUCUAAUUUGAUAUGUGGUUAGCAGAAUCAACAGUAGGAACAGUCAACAGUUUAGACACAUGUUAUAAUUUUUAUAUAUAAUUAAGAUUUACAAUGGGGUAAUAUCAAAAAGAACAGGUUCUUCCAGGUUCAAACAUAUUAGAGGCUAUUAUAAUAUUUUGGAUCUCCUCUACAAUAGAGUGAUGAUAAAUUUACUUUUGUUGCUUGAAUCACUUUGGUGGAACACUUGGUUGAAAACAUAUAGUUUUAAUGAAACUGCAUAACUUUCAACAUCACCUUGUUAUCAGAGAGGAGAAGGAAAUUGCAAAAAUAGUACAACAUGGAAAAAGAGUGCAAUGAGACCAUGUACUUUAUGGAAAUUCUACAGCUUCCAUUGCCAGUUAUGACUUCACUCAUACCAACAGUAUUCUAAAUGGGACAGAAUGCCUCAUAAGUAUGACAAAAUACUAAUUCAAUGUGAAUUUAACAGCACUUUAAUGAAGUCUAAAUGUAUUUUCUUGUAAAGCCUCACCAGUAAAUUUUUUUUUUGUUUAAGUUAGGUACAGGGAUAUACUGGAAUCCAUUUUAGGCAACGCACAAAUUUUAUGUUAUGUGUUAUUAUUUAACGUACACUGUUUCGAACAUGAUCUUCUUUUUGGAUUUACCAGUUUUAACCUGAGCAGUAUUAAUUUAUCUUAAUCAUAAUGAGUACCUUAUGCUCUAUUUUUCAGCACUUUACACUAAGGAGACAAAUGCUAUUAAUGUUAAAAAUGUGUGCCAUGUUUUUCUCUUAAGGCACAUUGUACCUGUACUGGCUGAGUUUUGCUUUGACAUCUACAGCACAUACAGGGCACAAGUUGUGCAUUUUAUUUUCAUUAUUUUGGAGGUAGGGCAGCACAGUGGCAUAGUGGACAGUGCUGUCACCUCCCAGAUCAAACAUCCUGGGUUCAAAUCCCACACCUGGAUGUUCUCUCUGUGUCUGUGUGUGUUUUUCUCCCAACUGCCCUAAGACAUGUACGUUAGGUAAACUGGUCACUCUAAACUGGCCAAAAUCUGGUGCCCUAUCCAGGGCCAUUUCCUGCCUUGCACCCACUUCUGCCAAGAUAGUCUGUAAC